AUGGAUGUCAGCAAUGUAUUUUUACAUGGCGACCUUGAAGAAGAAGUAUUCAUGAAACUUCCUCCCGGACAUCCUCAAAGUGGAAACUUUAUGUUGGAUGUUGAUAUGUUGUACACUAAGCCUCUUGUGAACCCUUUAGACAACAAAUUAACAUUAGAAUCUUCUAGUGAACCUCUUGUUUCUUACACUUACUAUCAGAAGAUUGUUGGCAAACUAAUUUACGUAACAAUCACCCAAUCGAAUAUUACAUUUGCUAUCAGUCUUGUCAGUGGCUAUAUGCAUGUUACAACAAUUCAACAUCUAGGUGGCAAUUUGGUGUCCUGGAGAAGCAAGAAACAAUAUGUUGUAGCUCGCUCAAGUGCUGAAGCAGAGUAUCGUGCUUUGGCCUCUGCUGCUUGCGAACUGAUAUAG